AUGGCCUCCGAACUCUGCCCCGUCUAUGCGCCCUUCUUCGGUGCCCUUGGUUGCACCUCGGCCAUCGUCUUCACCUGCUUCGGAGCUGCCUAUGGAACCGCCAAGGCUGGUGUCGGUGUCUGCGGAAUGGCCGUCCUCAGACCCGACCUGAUUGUCAAGAACAUUGUCCCCAUUGUCAUGGCGGGUAUCAUUGGUAUCUACGGCCUGGUUGUUUCAGUCUUGAUUGCGAACGAUUUGCGUCAGGAGGUUCCCUUGUACACUAGUUUCAUCCAGCUGGGAGCAGGUCUCGCUGUCGGUUUGGCUGGUUUGGCAGCUGGUUUUGCCAUUGGUAUCGUUGGUGAUGCAGGUGUCCGUGGAACUGCUCAACAGCCCCGUCUCUACGUCGGAAUGAUUUUGAUUCUCAUUUUUGCUGAAGUCCUGGGUCUCUACGGUCUCAUCGUUGCUCUUCUGAUGAACUCCCGCUCGGGCAUCGAGGCUAGCUGCAAGUACUGA